AUGUACACGAAGGAACGUUGCCCGUACUGCGUAUGGGCGAAGAAGGAACUGAACGAUGAUGGAAUAUUUUUUGUUGAACGAAAUUUUAGCGAUGAAGCGUCGGUCAAAGCUACCAAGCAAGGAUUGGCGGAUCUAGCACAUUGCAACGCAGUGCCGCAGAUUUUCGUCUGUGGAAGGUUUAUCGGUGGGUACAAUGAAUUGCAUACCUUGAGAGGCAAUCUUCCGCGUAUGAUAGAACAGUGCUCAUCGGAUGGAAAGACGAUCGACAAAAAGCAUGGUGAAUCUCCAAAAUCAAAAAUCUAG